GUCUUGAAUUAACAACUAUACAAAACACCCACGGAAAGAAUUACGCUAAUAUCUUCAUGAAGGUUUCUUUUUUUAAUUGUAUGCAACAAAAUAAUAAUACGCGUACACUAGCUAUACUCAUAUAAUACGAUAUUUUCAUUUAGCAAGCUAAUAAAUAUGUCUGAUCAACGAAAUGUUGUAAACUCGAGUUUAUUUAAUUUAACGAGAUAAGUUUGCCACUCAUUUUUGAUAGAAGAAAAAAAUCUUAAAUUAAAUUCAACCACAGAAAUAUUUUUUAUUCGAAAAAGUUUUCAAGCAAUGAAAGCAUGAUGACAACGGUGCAGCUUACAGAAAAAACUAUACUUCAACUGUACAUAAUAAAGACAAUAUAUAUAUAAAACUAGUGGUGUGGUGAAGGAGGUUUAGAGGAGCGGUCGUUCCUACAAAAUUCGGGGUGGGUGAGUAUUAGGUUAAAAUUAACAUGUUAUAUGUACACAGUAUAUACUAUUAGAUAAUAGAAGUAAUGAAGUAGACAUAAAAUAUAAUAAUAAUAAGCAACAAGAUCGUCUAAUUAAGGAUUAACAAAUAUAUUGUGAACAAGUUUAAAAUCAGUUAUCAAUAUAUCAAUAUUAUCAAUGUGUCUAAAUCAUAAAUUAUUUUACUGUUUUUGUGUACUCGUAUUAUACUACUAUAACUAUUACAUGUUAAAAUUCAUGGUCUAAACUCUAAAAAUAUGUUAAUUAAUAAUAUACUAAAAAUGUACAUGAAUUCAUCAUACUGUCAGUUUCUGAUUUUUUUCCACCAUUUUUGUUUUGUGAAUUGUGAGUUUAAUACAGAUUAAGAAUACUAAAUAAUAAAAAGAGCAGAUCUUAAACUGUAGUAUAUUUUAUUAUUAUUGAAUAUAAUAUUAAUGCGCAUCAAUAUUUCAAGGAGCGUAGCAAGCACAUUUCUUUUUAAAUUUCAAUAAAAUAUUGGGUGAUGGGUAGACUAAAAUCAUCGCUCCUUGUGUUAAAAUAGCUCUUCUCAUCACUGUUUAAAACAUAUUAAAACUUAAUAAUAAAUUAUCAACUAGGUAUUCAUUACAUACAGAUAUAAAAGAAUACUUUUUAACAAUUAUUGGUUAAGUAUAUUAUUAAUAAUUCAUAUAUGCAAAAUGGUCAAUAAGUGUGUAACCAUUGAUUAUAUAAAAUAAAUUAAAGUAAAUAUAUAUUAAUAAUUUACUCGUAGUUGAUACUCACCUACAUCUUGCUAAAAAUCAAUGAAAAAACUUAAACCAUUUUACCAAACCAAGUACGGAUAACUAUUAUUUCCUACUAUUAUACUUAUUUAACAUUUUAAAUCACAAUUCAAUUGCAUUUACUAAUUACACUUAUUAUUGUUGAUUAUUAACUGUGGACUAAGCUCAACAAAUUAAAUUAGUAACAAAUAUUAUUUAUUGUAUUCUAUUCUUUCCAACUUCCCAUGUCUAGUUUAGUUUGCAAUAUUUCAUUGAUUUUGAACGUUGUCUGAAUCUUAGUAAAGAGUUAUAAAUUAUCUCAAUUCAAUAAUUGAUAUAAAUAAUUUUUUUACUUUAUAGGCAUAGAUUUCUUCGUUUUUUAUAGCAGAUACAAUAAUUACAGUUACCAUAGAAAAUAUAAACAAAUUAAGAUAAUAAUGAAUUAACAUUUCAAUAUCUUUAAUACUGAAUUCUCAAAUUAGUUUUCAAUGUAAACAAUUCAAAAGAGUAGUGAUUAUUGUCUAUAUACAACAUAUUCAAACUAAUUAAAAUAGAAACCAGAUCAUGAAUUAUCAGGUUUGUCUUGUCCAUUGUAUAAAUUAUUAUUAUUUAAAAAUUAAUGUUUCUUUCAAACCCUUUAAGGAUAUUGAGAUAAGUAAAGCAUUUGACUUAAUGGACAUCAAUGGCCAUAAGGUAAUUAGUAAGAGAGAUUUUAAAUUUGCUCUGAAGGCAUUGGGAUUGGAACUACCUCGAGAUCAAUAUAUAAGAUUGAUAUCUGGAAUAGAAAAAGAUCAAAAUGGUUUUAUAAAUAAAGAAAUAUUCAUGAAAGAAGUGUGUAAGCUAAUGUCUAGUAGAGAUGUUGAGAAUGAUAUGGUAAAAGCUUUCCGGUUGAUUGAUGAACAAGACACUGGGAAAAUUGAUUUCAACAGUCUAAAAAAUGUGGCAAAAGUGCUUGGAGAAAGAGUAUCAGAUCAAGAAAUUAUCGAUAUGUUAGACGCUGCAGAUGAAGACGGAGAUGGAAAAGUCAACCUUACAGAGUUUUUGAAGCUUAUGAACAGGGCAAGAAAAGUUCUGUAAUUCAAGGCUUUUAUUAUUUGUGUACUAUAUUAAAAUAAAUAAUCAUUAUUAUGGUCAGUUUUGUCUAAAAUAAAUAAUUAGUA